ACUCUCUCUCUCUCUCCCCUAUGAAUUCAUGACUCAACGACCUCCAUCCCCUGCAUCUGCUCCAACUUCCAACUGACCAAGUCUGCCAGAGCCACGGUCUUUACCAUCUGCUCCCACAAACGGCCCUCACCAUCCACUCUCGACCCUUCACGAUCCCACACUCCCAAGAGGGCCAGUCAUGUGAAUUCACACACACCAUAAGCUCCAAUCUUCUUCCAACAGAUGAUAGCCAAAUUCUCUCUUAGCCAGUCUCUCUCUCUCUCCCCCAUGAUGAGAUAGAGUCUCUCUCUCUCUCUCGGAUACACGCACCCUCUCUCUCUCUCUGAACGAUCGACGGCUGCGUACGAGAAGGGCGGUGCGCCGGAGAUUGUGAGCUUGUCCUGAAGAAGAAUGGGGAGGACGCCGUGCUGCGACAAGAACGGGCUGAAGAGAGGCCCGUGGACGCCGGAGGAGGACCGGAAGCUGAUCGACUACAUCCAGGGGCACGGCUACGGUAACUGGAGGACCCUCCCCAAGAAUGCAGGGUUGCAGAGGUGCGGGAAGAGCUGCCGCUUGCGUUGGACCAACUAUCUGAGGCCCGAUAUCAAGAGGGGACGGUUCUCGUUCGAAGAGGAAGAGACCAUCAUUCAGCUCCACUGCUUGUUGGGCAACAAGUGGUCCGCCAUCGCCGCCCGCUUGCCCGGAAGGACCGACAACGAAAUCAAGAACUUCUGGAACACCCACAUACGGAAGAGGCUUCUUCGGAUGGGAAUCGAUCCGGUGACUCACAGCCCUCGCCUCGACCUUCUCGACCUCUCCUCGAUCCUAAGCUCUUCUCUCUACAGCUCAUCCCAGAUGAGCUUUUCGAGAUUAGUCGGAGUCCAGCCCUAUGUUAACCCGGAAUUCCUAACGCUUGCAACCUCGCUCCUGUCAUCUCAACAUCAACGUCACAAUUAUCUUCCGCAAGCACAGCAAGAUAUUAACCAAAGCCAAUGCCAAGCACUGCCUGAAAACUACCAAAUGCAAACUCCAGUUCAAGAAGUCCCGGCUUGCACGCCGGUGAGCACUCACUGUGUUUCAUUUUCCGACGAAGCUACCAGACUUCUGCAGUCCAAUCUAGAGCAACAAUUUCCGUCGAAUUUCGCCGGCUCGAGCUCCCAAAGUUCUCAAGUCAUUGAUUGGAAGGAUAAUGGGCUGUCCUCAAACUUUACGGAUGAUUAUGCUCUGAUCCCACAUAAUUAUGAGGACCUUUAUGUUCUUGAUCCAGCCAUAUCGAAUUCCUCGGCUAUAUCAACGCCUUCAUCGAGCCCGGCGCCAAUGAAUUCGAACUCAACGGGCAUCAAUGGUUGCGGCACUGAAGACGAAAGUUAUAGCAGCAACAUGAUGUUAACAUAUGAAGUACCGGAUAUUUUAGUAGACCGUAAUGAGUCCCAGUUAAUGGGAAGCUACCAAUUUUUCGGGUCUUGGAGUCGAUGUUGAUAACUAUAGAGCUUUCUUGUAUCAAACUUCUAGUGACUUCAAUAACAUUAUUACCAGGAAGCAAGAUCAUCUCUGCUCUUUUCAAUAAAAAGUCUUUAAUUACUAUCCGUAGGUUUCU